AUGGGGGCCCCUUGCGGCCCCGUCGCCGACCCUAGCGGCCCCGUCGCCGCUCCUAUCGGCCCCGUCGCCGCAACCAGCGGCCCCGUCGAUGCCGCUAGCGGCCCCGUCGCCGACCCUAGCGGCCCCGUCGCCGCUCCUAUCGGCCCCGUCGCCGCCGCCAGCGGCCCCGUCGCCGACCCGAGCGGCCCCGUCGCCGCUCCUAUCGGCCCCGUCGCCGCCGCCAGCGGCCCCGUCGACGCCGUCAGCGGCCCCGUCGACGCCGUCAGCGGCCCCGUCGCCGACCCUAGCGGCCCCGUCGCCGCUCCCAUCAGCCCCGUCGCCUCCGCCAGCGGCCCCGUCGCCGCCGCCAGCGGCCCCGUCGCCGACCCUAGCGGCCCCGUCGCCGCUCCUAUCGGCCCCGUCGCCGCCGCCAGCGGCCCCGUCGUCGCCGCCAGCGGCCCCGUCGCCGCCUCCAGCGGCCCUGUCGCCGCCACUUGCGGCCCCGGCCCCGCCCCGGCCAUGCCCCGGUCUGGGGGUGGCGAGUAG